AAAUCCGGUCGCUUUGUCUAUUCUCUGGCCUUCGCUUCUGCUUAAGUCACUCGACGUCGGUGACGUGCCUAAAGAGGCAGAUCGAGAGCGUGAUGAGGCAGCGCAGGGCGAUACUCGUCGGGUUCGCCGUCGCCCUCUUCUUCGGCGUCUCCGUCUACGCCCGUCUUUGGGCGAUUGAUCGCCGAGAAGACGAUGCUUCUUCCUCCGUUGAAAACCUCGAUUCUCUUCGGAGGCAAUUUGAACGUGCUAAUCUGGAAGCAAUGGAUGAAUCUGCAGAAUGGAGAAUGAAAUAUGAUGAAGAGGUUGAGAGGAAUAGGCAGAUUCAAGAUGAGCUUCUAAAGGUUAAGACAUCUCUGUCCGGUGCCAUUAGGAGGUCUGAAACACUGCAAAAGGAAAAAGUUAGUCUGCAGAAGCAGAUCGAGUCAAUGAAACAACAGAAGCUGCAUUGCAACUGCAAUCAAUCAACAACCGAGCUCAGGUAAAGAUAUCUUAUGAUACACGUUAACUCCCUCAGUCUUGCCCUUGUAUCGAAUUAACACUUUUUUUUUUGUUUGUUUAUGCUAUUCCAUUUUGCUGGAUUAUAUAAUUGAUUUUGUCCAAUCACACGGCGAACUCAGAUAAAUUUUAUCCAUUUCUACUUGCUAACCCAAAUAUUAUUCAUAUGUUUAAGCUCAUUUGUUUAUAAAAAUAUUUAUAACUAAUGAAUAAACUCUUGUCGAAGUUUUACAUUUUGUUUCAUAUUUGUUGAUUGUAAAAUUUGAAGUUCAAUAUCAAGCUCCAUGGAGAACUGUUAUCUCAUAUGUUGGCCAAAAUUUGGUCGAAUGAAUGAAAUUUGUGCUAUUUAUUAUUA